UCUUACCUGACUGCUUUUCCACCUAAGCAGCCUCAAUUUUGAUUGUAUUUUUUAUACAAAAUCAUCAAGUUCAAAAUUACACUUAUUUUAAAUUUAAAAUAAUUUAACAUGGGCGAUACUUGCAUAACGGAUCCCAUGACCUUUUUAUACCUCGACAUGCUAUCUACUAUUUUAAUUGAUGAUACAAAAGAACUCGAAAAUCAAUUCGAAACAAAAUUGAAAUUUAUACGCGAACAAGAAAAGAUCUGCUUAGAGAAUGGGAAACAACUUGUUUUUAUCGACCAGUUUGUGGAGACAUUGAAGGACUGUGUAUAUAAGCUGGAGUUGGAGCUGAUGGAGAAUGAAAAUGAAUUAGUUCAAGCAGAGAGAGUUAUCUCGCAUUGUGAGGCAAUGUACAUGGAUCCGAUGAAAUGUCCAAAGUUUAACACAAUGCCGUUCAAACAUAGCUGUUUUUUUGGUUCUCAUGAAGCUGCUUCUCUCCGCAGACCGUUCCGCAGCUCAGGCCAAUUUAUCACAAAGAUUAUAGACUAUCAUCGGAAGUCUCUGGUCUUAAUGGAGCAAGAAAUAAACAAACUGGAGUCGAUGACAAAAGAAGUGACCAACAGCUAUGACCAAAUAACUAAACAAAUGCAGAUUAGCAGCCUAACUACCAAAUGCACCUUAACGAUGGCCAAUGUCAUCAACGAUAUAUACUAUAAAUAAAUCCUAGUCACAGCAUUAUCUUUUCAAGUUUUAUGAAUAUUAUACAUAUGCGUAUGGGUAUGUAAUUAAAUGCAAACCAAGUUCAA